AUGGCCUCGAGAGAAUCAGGAGUGUUUGGAGGUGGAGCCGAAUGUAAACCCCCGGGAAAGCCCUCCCCCCGGGUGCUCUCACAGUAAUCUGGCCCGACCCAGCCUACCCUUAGCUCCCAGAGGAAGGGGCCAAAGGAAGUGGGCAACACGACGCAUCUGUCUGGUUAAUGCAGGAAAGGAGGGGAGGAUGAGAAGCAGCUGUCAGUUCAACUUCGCAUUUACAGGCUGCCCUGCUCCGACCCUCCGGGUCCAGCCUGCAGCGGCAAUGAGCCUUCACCCCGCCCUGAGCACCGGUGUGUCGGUCCAUCCUCUCCCUACUCGUCUCCAUCAUCCAGCCACCACCCCAUUCCUUCUCUAUUCAUUUCUACUAGUCUCCUCCCUUGCCUCACCCCACAUGCCCCAGUCCAUCCAUCCACACCCACGGGUCUAGCCCUCCUCACCAGGGUCCUCCUGCAACCGCUUCAGCCUUGGGCUCGUCCGCAGCUCCCACGGUCCCCGCCCAGCCCCACAGAGACAGAGGGGAGGGGGAUGGAAGGGGCGGGGCGCCAGGACAACCCGCCUGGCGCUGCGCAGCCGCGCCCCUUCACGCACCGGCGAGGCGGGGCCCGGCCACCCCCCAGCACUUGA